GUCACGUGCCAGAGAAGAAGCUGGCCGCCCUGUCAGCUGACUGCGAUGAGGCUAAGCUAACGGCUAACAGAGCAUCUUCACCCUCUCCCGUCGUCGCUCCCGGAGGAGACAUGGCCUUCAUCACGGCCAACUGGAACCCGCUGGGAGAGGCUUUCUACCGGAAGACGGAGCUGUAUGAGAUGUGUUGGAGCUUGAAGGAUGGACUGAGAGACAGUUUGGUGGCUGCAGCGCCGUAUGGAGGACCGAUAGCUGUCCUCAGAGAGCCCCUCCGCCGGUCUCCCAGCUCUCGCCCUCAGUUAGAAAUUUUCUCUUCGUCUGGAGUUUCCAUCGCGAGCUUCCCUUGGAAGAGCGGCCCGGUGGUCCAGCUGGGCUGGACGGUCAGCGAUGAGCUGCUGUGUAUUCAGGAGGACGGGUCCGUCCUCAUCUACGACCUGUUUGGAUCCUUCAAGAGACACUUCAGCAUGGGACAGGAAGUGGUCCAGUCUCAGGUGUUGGAAGCCAAAGUGUUCCACUCCCCUUAUGGCACAGGUGUUGCCAUAGUAACAGGCUCUGCAAAAUUCACCCUGGCGACCAACAUCGAUGAUCUGAAGCUCCGUCGGCUACCUGAAGUUCCAGGCCUGCAGGGGAAGCCGUCCUGCUGGCUCGUCCUCUCUCAGGACAGACAGACUAAAGUCCUCUUGGCUAACGGGCCCGACCUCUUCAUCCUGGACAACACGUCCUGCACUGCAGUGUGUCCUCCAGGUCUCAGCCCUCAGGCGGGAAGCAUCGUCCACAUGUCUGUGUCCUUCAGCUAUAAAUACCUGGCCCUGUUCACCGACACUGGACACCUGUGGACCGGUACUGCCAACCUCCAGAAAAAACUGAGUGACGUUGAGACCAAGAGGUCAACAAAACCCAAGCAGAUGGUUUGGUGUCGGAGACCACAGAGCCAGCAGCCGUCAGUGGUGUUGAUGUGGGACCGGCUCCUCCUGGUGGCCGGAGUGUGCAACGACACCAUUCAGUUCCCAAUCGAGGAUCUGUGCGUUCUCGUUGGAGAACUGGACGGCGUCCGGAUCAUCAGCUCGACCAAUCAGGAGCUGCUGCAGGAGGUUCCCCUGGUGUGUCAGGACAUCUUCAAGAUCGCCUCCAUGGCUCCCGGAGCGCUGCUGCUGGAGGCCCACCGGGAGUACGAGAAAUCCAGUCAGAAGGCCGACGAGUACUUGAGGGAGAUCAAGGAGCAGAGCAUGCUGGGAGAGGCGGUGCGGCAGUGUGUGGAGGCUGCAGGUCACGAGUACGACCCCAGUACCCAGAAGUCCCUGAUGAGGGCGGCGUCCUUCGGGAAGUGCUUCCUGACAGACUUCAGCCCCGACGCCUUCGUGACGACCUGCAGAGAGCUCCGGGUUCUCAACGCCGUCAGGGACGCCGCCGUCGGCCUGCCGCUGACGCACACUCAAUUCAAACAGAUGACGGUCCAGGUGCUGAUCGACAGGUUGGUGUAUCGACAGUUUUAUCCGUUGGCGAUCGAAGUGUGCCGGUACCUGAAGAUUCCCGACUAUCAGGGCGUGAGCCGGGUGCUGAAACACUGGGCGUCCUGUAAGGUGCAACAGAAGGACUUGUCAGACGAGGCCAUCGCCCGGGCCGUGUGCGUGAAGGUGGGAGACUCGCCCGGGGUGUCGUACUCGCACAUCGCAGCCAAAGCCUACGAAUGCGGACGUCCCGAGCUCGCCAUCAAGUUGCUGGACUCCGAGGCCCGUUCUGGAGAGCAGGUCCCUCUGCUGCUGAAGAUGAAGAGGAGUCAGUUAGCUCUCAGUAAAGCCGUGGAGAGCGGCGACACCGACCUGGUGUACACGGUGGUGAGCUACCUGAAGAACGAGAUGAACCGGGGAGAUUUUUUCAUGACCCUGAGGAACCAGCCAGUCGCCCUCAGCCUCUACAGACAGUUCUGUAAGCUGCAGGAACAGGAGACUCUGAAGGAUCUGUACAAUCAGGACGACGACCACCAGGAGCUCGCCAACUACUACGUCACCGCCAGCUACAGAGAAAAGAGGUUGGAGAGCCGCCUGUCUCUGCUGCAGAGCGCCGUGGACGAAUACAACAAAGCGAAGAACGAGUUUGCGGCGAAGGCCACAGAGGAGGAGAUGCGCCUCCUCCGAUUUCAGCGGAAACUGGACGACGAGAAGGGGGCGGGGCUUCUGGGCCUGUCGCUGCAGGCCACCAUGGAGGCGCUGCUGGCGCUGGGACUGCACAAGCAGGCGGAGCAGCUGUACCGAGACUUCAGGGUUCCCGACAAGAGGUAUUGGUGGCUGAAGCUGAAGUCUCUGGCUGAGAAGGAGGAGUGGGACGAGUUAGAAAAGUUCGCGAAGAGCAAGAAGUCUCCCAUCGGCUACCUGGCUUUUGUGGAAGUUUGCAUGAAGUCGAACAACAAGUACGAAGCCAAGAAGUACGUCUCCAGGGUGACGCCCGAGCAGAAGGUCAAAGCUCACCUGGCCAUCGGGGACCUGGAGGGCGCCGCCGACGCCGCCAUCGAGCGCCGGAACGAGUCGGAGAUGGGGGCAGUCCUGUCCCGGUGCGCCGCCUCCGACCGCCUGCUGAUCGAGAAGCUGAACCGGGCCGCCGCCGCCAAGAAGUGAACUGGACUCCACGCAUCUGUCCGGCUGUAACCAUGGCAACGCUUCUUUCUGCUUCGCGACUGUUUUCUCUUUGUGUGUCUCAAUAAAAGCUCCCUGCUAAUGUGUUCUGUUUCUAA